AUGUUCGCUCACCGAAGGUCUGUUGACUGAAUGCAAAACAGAAAUAGUUAUUCUCAUUCUAGAUGCGAAAUGACCGGAAUGAACCGCUACGUACGACAACUCCAAGCCAACCCCCCACUCACGCUCGAAAACGGAAAAGUCGCAGAGACUGCAAGGAGCUUGGAGCCAAACAACCUCAAAUGUUUCAUUCAUUUGCCAAUAAACCUUUUUUAUUAUACCUACUGAUUGUUCUCAAAGAUGCGCUAGUCUCCGCUCCACAACUAGUGUUUUUCAUCUCUUUCCUACUGUAAUUGCGUCCAAUUUGUUCGGUCGCUCAAAUGCACAAUGAUACACGAACUGGCGCACUUGUGAUUAGCUUCAAUCACAAAGGAACGAUUUGACUAAAGAACAUGUCUUGUCUACAUUUGAAAUUAUACUAAUCUGUGCUGUGAUAUGUUCUCGUCUUCUCAUUUUCGUCUUUCAUUCGGCCAAAAUCACAAACGCCGGAUCGACGAGCUUUGAUUUCCUUCAUGAGCAUCGAAACACUAUGAAAAAGUGUUUUCCGUCCCAGCUCCAGUUGUUAAUUUGGUGCUUCGCGUUGCUUCAUCAGUAUGCACAGACUAGUCCGACAUUUGCUCAUUCCGGCCAAAAUCUCUUUAUGUCCCCGACUAAAAAUGUAUUUUCAAAGGUGUACUCAAUCAAUCCAGGCACGUGAGUAAGCGAGUGUCACGCCUCGGCACCGCUUCUCAUUUUCUCUCAUGUGCUUAACUUGAGCCACUUUUGGAGAGCACUAAAUCACGGCAAUGAAAAGUGCCAGACGCCGGUUGGUUUUUUGGGCUUGGCGUCAAUCUUUAAAGGUCAGUAGUACAAAAGUGGGUUGGGUACUUCCUCGCCAGUCUUUUGAUAUGUUAUAAAUAUUGUUAUAAAUCUUGUGAGAAAUCUGUUCGACAAAUGUUUCAAAAACGGCUCGACGUUUUGGAUCUUCUAGAGCUGGCACUACGUUCCCUCUUUCAAAGACAUCUAAAACGGUCCCACUAAAUACCCGCCUUCUUGGAAGCCAAAACCCACAGAUUCCCACUCCUAUCCCGUUUCAGCGGAGUUGUUCGACAACGGUUCAUUCCAUCUGUUGUGUGUUAUCAUCUGACAAGAAGUUCUGAAAAAACUUUUAUGUGCUUCACCCACGCACAAGUCCUCAUUAGUGAAAUUGGCGGUUGUGCACAACUCGUGAUCACAGAUUCAAAAAUUAGAGGUGUUGAGGUGAAAGACACGUGCUCGGCUUCGGCUGUUUUCAUUGGCUCAGCGGUCAACGCGAGCGAGCGGACACAAUCAACCUUCUGACCGGUCAAACAUGACAGACUCACUAGACGAAUAUAAUUUGUGCUAGAAUUUUCACGCCUCAGUCGCUAUAUCAACUUUCAAAACUGUGAUCCCCGUACUUUGACGAAAGAUAACGCCUAUACGAUGAUUUUUCUGUACGUCUUUCCAGAAACUAAAAAUAAGAUUACGUGUUUUUUCAAUCUUUUUUUGGGAAGGUGACUAUUCCGAGUAUUGUAUUCUUUGUAAUAUUUUUGUUUGAAGCCCAUGAGAACCACAUCGAUUCUGGCUGUACAGUUUCUAUUGUUGGGCGUAUUCUCCGCUCCGAGUUGUGACUCACACGAAAAAUAUGUUGCUAUACAUUUUAUGUUUUUGGGAGAGCAUCCGUAGCAUAUAAAAAGCACCUGAAACCCUCUCUCCAACCAGCUAGAAAAUCUGAUUUGAUAUGGACCGCAGUUCCCUGUGACGCAUGUCCUUCUUCACAGCCGCAGACGCAGUCUCCGCUGGGUGUGUCGCUCGCGUUUUCUUCUGUUAGUCAGAGACGCAGGCAGAAGUGCUCUGUUGGACGCGGAGAACCUUUAUUCGUGCCGAGACACACCACAUUUACAUACGUCGCAGUAUUGAUCACUUUCGUUCCGUUUUUUUCCCGGUUUGUCUUCGUUUUCCACCUUAAUGGCAUGUAUUUCAGGUAAUUAGGCCGAAAUAGGAGGAGAAUGUGACGAACCGGUACCACUCUUCACAGGACACUCCGCAAAAAUACAAAAAAAUCGAAAAAACUUUAAAAAAUUAAAAAAGUAAGUGUAAUCCGGGUCCGUAGUGUUUUAAUCAGGAAGUGUUUGCAGAAAUUAAAAAAUUAGAAACCUCCCGUGUCUUGUCGAUGGCCCGGAGUCGAAAAAUGUUUAAAGUCCGGAAAGUCAAAGGCGCACUUUCCUAUCGGAUUCUGCAAGCCUCGUGCCUUCACCGACAAUGUGAGUAGCCUCAAAUCGUUCUUUGUAAUCUCUCUCCGGUUCCAAUCGUAAAAAUCACUUCAUUAUUUUGCUCUUUCCUGUCCAUUGCGCUCGCGCAACAUGUUAUUUUAAGAUCUUUGGCUAGUCCUACCGUAGUCCUCUUGUGCUUUUUUAUGGAUGAUAUACUCCAUUUCCUUCUGAUUUCAGUAAUCCUCAGCUAAUACCUAAAGCGAUAACUACAAUCGACGGCGCGUGAGCUCGUAAUCUCCACUGUUAGAGUUAUUUUAGUAAAAUAUACGUCGGACUACCGUAAUCCAACAGAACAGAACCUUCAGAACAAAGUAGUAGGAAGUUCAUAAGUCAAUUAAACGUGGCUCUAGAAAAAUAGUUGUUCAUUUCUCUCUCUCUCUCUCUCUCUCUCUCAAAAUUUCUUGUUUCAGCCCAAAAAUGACCCCCCGCAGAGUAAGUUGUGGACCCCCGCCACCGUGCCAUAUUACAGCACAUGAUAACAGGCGAUUAUCAAAAUCCAAAAGUAAGCUAAUCGACCGGUCAACAAGACAAUACGACCUAAUCUUUCAGAAAAUACAAAAUCGAAUCGAAUUCUUUGGCCAAAACCUGGAACGAUUCGCAAAAAUCCUAAAAAGUUGGUUGUUCUCUCACUUCUAGUCACCCUAACCUGGUCCCGUUGCGUUUCAGGUGUCUUCCCCCUUUGUUCAUCAUUCCAUCUUUCCUGUCCUCUUCUCCCCUGUCUCCCUUUCUCUCUCUCUCUCUCUCUUGCUCCUCUUUCUCCGAUAACAUUCAUCACCAAAAACUCAAAAAGUGAGCCAGAACACGACCUGCCUGACAAAAGUUCAUGAAACUUUCAGAAAUCAAAAAAUUAGCCAAGUUGAGCCGAUUUCGGAGUGACAGAGGAGUGGUUGAACGUCGCGAAGUUCAACUAUUCUGCAAGUUUCUAUCAAAUUUUGGCUCAAUGAGGCAAAAACCAAAAUUGAUGCUUCCCUGGAAAUGGCAUUGAAACUGCCGUUUUCUUUGUACGGGACUGAAGUUGGCUACAAGACGAGUAUCCUGGAAAAAGACUGCCCAAAACUAAAACAUAUUAACGACUCAAUCAAAAAAGUAGGAUGACAUGUAGAACAACAAAAUCAGAAUUAGUUAAAUUUACAGAUAAGGUUCAUGUGCGGUCCAACCGACCGGUUAAUGCUUCCGGAAUAUUCUGAUCACUCGAAUAAUCAAAAGUGCGUCAGGCUCAAUGGGAAACCUUUUUUAAUUCGUGUAUUUUUUAGAAUAACCUGA